ACAGUGAAGGACUGCUCUGCUUCAGGUCACAACUUUAGCGCUGAUUGAUGUGCGCAGACAGCAAACUGUGAUCCGGGUUCAGAGCAAAAAGGGCCUGAAAACCUUCCUUAAGAGGGAACCAAAGGAGCAGAACAUCAUGAUGAUUAAGCCAUAUGUGAGACUAGCAGAGGGAGAGGAGGUCAUCAGCCCCCUGCAGUGGAUGGAUGGAGAUGUGAGCUCACCGGAUGGGAGCGCCUCCGUCCCAGCGCACCACUACGGCGCCGGCGGAGCGUCCCAGCAGAACAGAGAGAUGGGAAGUGAAGAUGCAGAGGAGGACGAGGAGGAUGCAGAUGAAGGACUGGAGGACGAAAAUGAAUCCAGGAGACGUGGGCCCAAGAAAAAGCGAAUGACCAAAGCCCGGCAGGAACGCUUCCGUGCCAGACGUAUAAAAGCAAACGCCCGGGAACGCUCGCGCAUGCACGGCCUGAAUGAUGCUCUGGAGAACCUGCGCAGCAUCAUGCCCUGUCACUCCAAAACGCAGAAACUCUCCAAGAUCGAGACGCUGCGACUGGCCCGCAACUACAUCUGUGCUCUGUCCGAGGCCCUGGAGGGAGGGCUUUCCACCGAGAGCAGGGCUUUCAUGGAGACACUCUGCAAGGGGCUUUCUCAGCCCACAACCAACCUGGUUGCCGGAUGUAUACAGAUUGGAUCUGGUCCCGGUGCUGGGAUGAGACCUGAGGACAGACUUGGAGUUCGUCCACCACCUAAUCCUCUGGGAGGCAUGGUCGGGUACACCUCUCCAGGCCUGCCGAGCCCCCCGUACGGCACCUACGACACGGCUCACAUGCUUCACCUGAGAGCCAUGAAAGGAAGGCAGAGCGAGAACCAUUCUCCGCCAGAGUAUAAUGCUGGAAGUGUGGGAACCCCUCCAUAUGACGGCCCCCCCACACCGCCUCUGAGCAUCAGCAGCAACAUGGUGCCCAAACAGGAGCCUUCCCCCCACUACCCACCACCUCCACACCAGUACUCCCCCUCCAACGUGGACCAGGUUCUCUAUCAGACUCAGACCAGCUAUGAUGUCCACUUGGAGGGUCCAUAUGACUCCUACCAUCCACCGCACAUGGUCCCAAGACAAAUAACCUCAGUCUACAGAGACUGAGGCGAAUCCAAUACACCAUUUCAUGAAUCACUCCAACCUGACUGAUUCCAAGCAAUGAACCCUUCAUGACCUCUUUAAAAGGGAUCUGUUAUGCAAAAUUCACUUUUUGAAUAUUUUUAUACUUCCAUUUGAAUCUCAACUGCUUCUAAAAACUGCCAGAGCAAAAAAAACAAAAACAAAAUACUGAUACAUUUUUUGACAAUAAUGUUUUUUGUUGACUGGAAAAUUAGCCAUUUCAAAAAUCACCCCAUUUUUGAGUCACAGUGCAUCGUUACCUAGCAACCCCAGCUGAGUAAAGUCCAUCACCUAGCAACCCAAGCGGAGCUCUGCUGGUUUCACGACUGUACAAUGGCUGCUGGAAAAGACAAGUGCUUUGUGGUUGACUUACCAGUCAUCAGCCACUUGUUGCAUCCUUGUUGAUUAUGCAGAAGCCUCUACCAAUGCUUUUCAAAGUUGUACAGUUCUAUAGUUGUUAAUCUGUUUGCAGCUAUUUUCACAUCUGAGAGUAAACAUUGAUUUGGGGGUUUGGGGGAGGGAGGUCAGCAGCAAGACAUCCUAAACCACCUCAUUCUGAAAGAAAGGCAGAACAAGGCAGACUAAAGUUUCAUUACCUAAGAAAGAUUUUGUUCAGAACGUGAUGAAUAUAUGUUAUAUAACCCAUAGACCUUCCUCAUCCUGUUUCUCACCCUGUUCAGGGAAGCAUAGUAGGUCACCUUUAAAACUGACCGAUCUCUUCAUGAAGCACUACUAGGGUAACUUUAGGUUUUUACAAACACAAGGUGCAUUUGCACAGUAGAUUAGCACUGCUAAGUAUGAUUAGAAAAUACUUGACUUGAAACCAAUACAUUAUCUUCCAAACUGAUUACCAAAUGAUCAAAGGAGUGCUCAGGUCCUCAGCUGAUGCUUCAGCCAUUUUGACCAGAUGUUCUGGUACUGUACAGUAAGCACUUCUACUUUUUGCUUUGGUGAUAUGAGAUCUGCUGCAUAAAGUAUGUUUAUUUAUUGUUUAAUUUAAUACAGUGUAUAUGAAGUUUGUUUUUUACUUGCAUAUGUUUUGUCAAUGCUUUUAUUUGUUUGCUUAGUUGAUCCUGUUAAGCUGUUUUUGUGUCCAGUUUCCUUUUUUGUGUUCUGUUUUGAUGUUUUGCACUUAAACACAUCAAAAGGUAAAUUUCUCAACAUGAUGUACUUAAUUUAUUUUUAUUUUUUUUGUAUACUAGAAGAAGAAAAGCAUACUAUUCUCAGGUUGACAAAAUAGCCAUUUUUGCAUUGGAUUUGUGCUAUGUAUUAGACUUAUUCACUCUUGUUUCUAUUUGGAAAAUGUAUCAUUAAAAUAUUUUUGAAAAACU